AUAAUUUAAGAAGUAUAGUAAAUGAUGCUAUUUCAUUAGCAAAAAAUGAAUACCCCCAAGAAGCGCAAAAUAAACUUCUUACUGUUUCUCUACAGUUUGAUAUUGCCUUUGAAGGUGUAUGUAGCCUUCGUGAUAUCGAAACAGCGAAAGAAAUUGAACAAAUUAAUAAGGAAGAAACCAAGAAAAAUAUGAGAGAAUUAAAAGGAAAACUUAGGGUAUGGAAAUCGUCUCCAUUUGCCAUGGAACUUUAUAAUUUUUUAGAUCAUGUGGAAGUCGAUAAUCUAAGAUGGCAAGAUCCAUUUGCCAGCCAAGUAAUUAGCGACAAAUCAUAUUUUGUGCGAAAUUUACCCAGGAAUAUUUAUCAUAAUUUCAUGGAGCUGUUGCAACAGAUGAAAAUGGAUGCACCGCCCAAUAUCAGAGAGAUGUGUAAUGCAUUUGUAGAAGACUUUAAUAAAGAUGAGAUCAAAAUCUCUCCACCAAAAUAUCUACAUAACCAUACUUGGAAAGAAACAAAUGAGGAAUUAGCAGACAUCUCUACUGAGAUUUUAGAAUCUUUAAACAAUAUCUGGAGAAACUCUGCAUUUGAUCCAGAGUUUGCAAAAGCACAAAGCGAAGGAACUUAUGUGACAGAUGUGAUCGUUCCUUUACUCCGAGUAUCAUUAAAAAAACUCCCAAUAAGGAAUACCACCUUUCUUAGCAC